AUGCUUCGACUUACAAGAUUACAAUCCAAUAGAUGUGUCCCAUCUUUCCAGCAACGUCGUAACAUACUUAUAAAUGCAGAUUUGCGUCUGAAAAUAGAAGAAAGUCCUUUCUUCCCAGUUGUUGUUAUUGGCGGAGGACAUGCUGGGUGUGAAGCUGCAACUGGAUCUGCCCGUUCGGGAACUCCAACAACGUUAAUAACUCCAAAUGUUGACAAAAUAGGAACAGCUUCUUGUAAUCCGUCUAUGGGAGGUGUAGGAAAGGGUACUUUGCUAAGAGAAGUGGAUGCUUUAGAUGGUGUAGCUGCGAGAAUCACAGACAAAGCUGGGAUUCAUUUUAAAAUCCUAAAUGCUUCGAAAGGGGCAGCUGUUCACGGACCAAGAGCUCAAAUAGACAGAAAGAUAUACUUGGAAGAGAUGCAGAAAGAAAUCUUAAACUAUCCCAAUUUACUGGUUCUUGAGGCACUGGUAGAGGACAUAAUUAUUGAGCCUACUAGAGAUCAAUCUACAGAUGCAGAAGGCAGAGAGUUUGGAUCGGUAAAGGGUCUUGUACUUGGAGAUGGAUCUAUUGUUGGUUGUUCAAAAGUAGUUGUGACUACAGGUACAUUUUUGGGCGGUGAAAUCCAUAUUGGACUCACCGCAUAUCCUUCUGGAAGAAUCGGUGAGGAUGCUACAUUUGGAUUAUCAGAGACAUUUAGAACUGCUGGAUUCAAAUUGGGAAGAUUGAAAACUGGUACACCAGCACGAUUAUCAUCUAAGACAAUAGACUACUCCAAUUUAAACGUUCAACCAUCGGACUAUCCACCACAGCCAAUUUCAUAUAUGAAUGACAAAGUUCAAUUGCAAGAACAACUUGUCAACUGUUACCAAACUAGUACAACUCCUGAGUUUCACAAACUCAUAUCAGAAAAUUUGGACAAAUCUAUUCAUAUCAAAGAAACUGUUAAAGGGCCACGCUAUUGUCCUUCCAUUGAAUCUAAGAUUAUAAAAUUCCCACAGAAGCAGUCACACAUGGUAUGGUUGGAACCGGAAGGGCUAGAUACCGAUCUUGUUUAUCCUAAUGGAAUUUCAUGUACAAUGCCAGCAGAUAUCCAAGAGCAACUUGUGAGGAUGAUGCCUGGUUGUAAUAAUGUAAAAAUGAUUCAACCAGGAUACGGCGUGGAGUAUGAUUAUGUGGAUCCUAGAGAAUUGAAAAUGACCUUGGAAUCAAAACUUGUAGAUGGUCUUUAUUUAGCUGGUCAAAUCAAUGGAACUACUGGUUAUGAAGAAGCAGCAUCACAGGGAUGUUUGGCAGGGAUUAAUGCAGGUUUGGCUUACAAAGGAGCUGAACCACUAGAACUUACUAGGGCAGAUGGUUACUUGGGUGUUUUAGUUGACGAUUUAAUAACCAAAGGAAUUGAAGAGCCGUAUCGUAUGUUCACUUCGAGGUCCGAAUUCAGGAUUUCUAUCAGAUCUGACAACGCUGAUAGAAGAUUAACAGAAAAAGGAUAUAAUGCUGGUGUAGUAUCUGAAGAAAGAUAUCAUCAUUAUAUGAAAGAAAUGGUACAAUUCCAUUCCAUAAAGGACCAUUUGACUUCUCUCUCUCUUUCUGGGGCUAUUUGGGCUCCUGCUUUGAAGGGACUUUCCCUGGAUGUCAACAGAAAUACUCUCGUAGACGGAUGGAAGCUUCUUUCAUACAAAGGUAUGCUGAUUGCUGAUCUUCUUCCUCAUAUGUCUAAGUUCACUAGAGAUGGUAUUGUUCCACCGUACUACGAGAAUCUUUCGGCAAGACUUAUGAAUAGAAUAGAUGUCGAAAGUGAUUAUACCCCUUGGAUGCCAAAAGAGAAGGCUCAUUUAACCGCAUAUGCAGCGGACGAAAACUUACUACUCCCUGUCAAUUACAAUUACAACUAUGAAGGUAAAUUAAAGAUUUCGCACGAAGUAUGUGUAUUGUUAAACACAAUUCAACCCAAGACUAUUGGACAAGCAAGAAGAAUUCAAGGAGUUACACCCGCAGCUAUAUUUGAAUUGUUCAAAUUGGUGAAGGGAAAUCAAGCACAGCUAGCCAUCCAAAGGCAGAAUUUAGAGAAUUAA